AUGUCCCAACGUUCAGAUCAUUCUCGAGCAAUCCAUUCUCAAGGCGAAGAUAGCUAUCAGUCAGAAGAUAGUGCUGCUGAUGUUUUUGAAGAGAAUGCUGAUUUAGCCGAAGAUGGAGAUGAUGACGCUUUGGGUGAGUUGUUCGGUGCUGAAGAAGAAGCAGUACAAGAUGAAGAAGAAGGAGAAAACCUCUUUGGCGAUGAUAUGGAACGAGAUUAUCGUCCGCAGCCAGAGCUGGAUGUUUACUCACAGUCAGGCAUGGAUGACGCAUCGGAAUAUACGGAGUUGACAGAGGGAGCACGUCGUGCAGCUGAACGUGAGAUGGAUGAGCGAGAUAAUUUACUUGACGAAGAUGCCCUACUCUAUGAACAGGAUGAUGCAGAUGUUGGACGACGUAUACGCCGCUAUUUUCGGAAAGAUCGAACUGAUGAUAACGAAAUGGAAAUCGAAGAGGACGAAGAAAUUCCUAUCGAUAUUUUAGAAAACUUUCGAGGGAGAUCGACACGUGAGCACGUUUCAGAUGAAGCGGUAGGACGAGAAAUAGUAAGGCGCUUUAAAAGCUUUGUUCGUGGAUAUAAGGAUAUGAUGACCAAGAAACUCAAAUAUUUGGAGGCAAUAAAACUAAUGGUGGCAGAAAAUCGUGAGUCGUUGGAAGUCGAUUAUGAAGAUUUGGCGAGUGAAAAUGGCGAACAGAAUAUUUGUUAUUUCUUGCCAGAGGCGCCCCUACAAGUGCUAAGUUAUCUUGAUCGUGCGGUAACCGAGGUCACACUUUCAUUAUUCCCUUUCUUUCCUCGUAUUGCUCCGGAAGUCAAGAUACGUAUACGGGGACUUCCUGUUGAAGAAGAUAUACGAAUGUUACGUCAGCUGCAUCUGAAUAUGCUGAUUAGAACGUCUGGUGUUGUAACAGUUACUACAGGAAUGCUACCGCGGUUAUCUGUCGUAAAAUUUGACUGCGGUAUAUGCGGUUACCUUCUCGGUCCAUUUGUGCAACAUCAAGAUGAAGAAGUAAAACCUACAAUGUGUCCGUCUUGUCAAAGUCGUGGGCCAUUUGAGCUAAACAUGGAGAAUACAAUUUAUCAUAAUUAUCAACGAAUAACUAUUCAAGAAAGUCCCAAUAGUGUCGCUGCUGGAAGAUUGCCUAGAAGCAAAGAUGUGGUGCUUACGGCUGAUUUGUGUGAUGCAUGCAAACCGGGUGAUGAAGUCGAAUUGACUGGCAUUUACACGAACAAUUAUGAUGGGUCGAUGAAUAGUAAACAAGGUUUUCCUGUCUUCAGUACUGUAAUAUAUGCAAAUUAUAUAUCAAAAAAAGAUAAAAUUGCUUCCGACAGUCUUACUGAUGAAGAUAUUCAGAUUAUUCGACAAUUGUCAAAAGACCCGCAGAUAGCCGAAAGAAUAUUUGCAAGCAUUGCCCCGUCAAUUUACGGUCAUGAUGAUAUCAAACGGGCCAUUGCAUUGGCACUCUUCAGAGGAGAACAGAAAAAUCCUGGUGAAAAACAUAGCAUCCGAGGCGAUAUCAAUAUUUUGUUAUGCGGUGAUCCUGGUACAGCAAAAUCUCAAUUUCUACGGUAUGCUGCACAUGCUGCUCCACGAGCUGUUCUUACUACCGGCCAAGGGGCAUCGGCUGUCGGUCUUACGGCAUAUGUGCAACGUCAUCCCAUAACACGAGAAUGGACACUUGAAGCGGGUGCAAUGGUACUUGCAGAUAAAGGAGUUUGUCUUAUUGAUGAGUUCGACAAAAUGAAUGACCAGGAUCGUACUUCGAUUCAUGAAGCAAUGGAACAGCAAUCAAUAUCUAUAUCUAAAGCUGGCAUUGUCACGUCAUUACAUGCACGCUGCACUGUAAUUGCUGCUGCGAACCCAAUCGGUGGUCGCUACGAUCCUUCUCAUACUUUUGCUGAAAAUGUUGAUCUUACCGAACCGAUUCUUAGUAGAUUCGAUGUACUGUGUGUAGUACGAGAUACGGUAGAUCCAGUGGAAGAUGAACGGCUUGCUAAUUUUGUUGUGGACAGUCACCGCAAACAUCAUCCAAAUGCAAAAGAAUUGAAAGAAAAAGAGAAGCAAAGAAAUACGCAACAGACAUCUCAACCAGAAAAAGAUCCAACCACUGGUUUAGAGUUGAUACCACAAACGAUGCUGAGGAAGUAUCUAAUAUACGCUCGAGAAAACAUACAUCCGAAAUUAGAACAGCUACCGCAGGAUAAAAUUUCGAAAUUUUUCGCCGAAAUCAGAAAAGAAUCAUUGGCAACAGGAUCGGUUGCUGUUACGGUGCGUCAUGUGGAGUCUUUGAUUCGUCUAGCUGAAGCGCAUGCUAAAAUGCAUCUUCGUUCCUAUGUAUGCAACGAAGACGUUGAUAUAGCCGUGCGAGUAAUACUUGAAUCAUUUAUUAAUACGCAGAAAGCAUCUGUCAUGCGACAAAUGCGAAAGAAUUUCGAUAGGUACAUCUUUGUCAAUCGUGAUCACAAUGAAUUAUUGUUAUAUCUCUUGAAGCAGUUGGUUAGGGAUCAGUUGCAUUAUGAACGAGCACGACAUAGGGAAACAACUCUAUCCACUAUUGGUAUUCCUGAAUCUGAUUUUAUUGAAAAAGCACAACAAGUUCGCAUUGAAAAUGUGAAGAAUUUUUAUAAGAGUCAACAUUUCCGCACAAAUAAUUUUGUAUAUGACUCCAAGAGGAAAUUAAUUGUGCAUAAUUUAUAA